CUCCGACACCGGAAGACCGGCCGACGAGGAGACCAGGAGGCCAUCGAACCUAACAACUUCUGGUACCUGUUCACAGGUGAGUCUCCUGGUACCUGUUCACAGGUGAGACUUCUUGUACCUGUUCACAGGUGAGACUUCUGGUACCUGUACACAGGUGAGUCUCCUGGUACCUGUUCACAGGUGAGUCUCCUGGUAUCCUGGUAACUGUUCACAGGUGAGACUUCUGGUACCUGUUCACAGGUGAGUCUCCUGGUACCUGUUCACAGGUGAGUCUCCUGGUACCUGUUCACAGGUAAGACUUCUGGUACCUGUUCACAGGUGAGUCUCCUGGUACCUGUUCACAGGUGAGUCUUCUGGUACCUGUUCACAGGUGAGUCUCCUGGUACCUGUUCACAGGUGAGUCUCCUGGUACCUGUUCACAGGUGAGUCUCCUGGUACCUGUUCACAAGUGAGUCUUCUGGUACCUGUUCACAGGUGAGUCUUCUGGUACCUGUUCACAUAUAUAAGCACCAGUAGCCAGAUAAUACAGAUACUGUAUACAGUAUACACUGCCUUUCCAUGACAUAGACUGACCAGGUGAAUCCAGGUGAAAGCUAUUAACCCUUAUUGAUGUCACUUGUUAAAUCCACUUCAAUCAGUGUCGAUGAAGGUGAGGAGACGGGGUUAAAGAAGGAUUUUCAAGCCUUGAGACAUUUGAGACAUGGAUUGUGUAUGUUCUGCCAUUCAGAGGGUGAAUGGGCAAGACAAAACAUUUAAGUAUGGUAGUAGGUUCCAGGAGCACCGGUUUGUGUCAAGAACUGCAACGCUGCUGGGUUUUUCACUCUUGACAGUUUCCCGUGUGUAUCAAGAAUGGUCCACCACCCAAAGGACAUCCAGCCAACUUAACACAACUGUAGGAAGCAUUGGAGUCAACAUGGUGCCAGCAUCCCUGUGGAACGCUUUCGACACCUUGUAGAGUCCAUGCCCCGAUGACUUGAGGCUGUUCUGAGGGCAAAAUGGGGUUCAACUCAAAAUUAGGAAGGUGUUCCACACACCACAGCAGAGAUAACUAGGUGCUCAUUUUAACAGAGAUAACUAGGUGUUCAUUUUAACAGAGAUAACUAGGUGUUCGUUUUAACAGAGAUAACUAGGUGUUCAUUUUAACAGAGAUAACUAGGUGUUCAUUUUAACAGAGAUAACUAGGUGUUCAAUUUAACAGAGAUAACUAGGUGUUCAUUUUAACAGAGAUAACUAGGUGUUCAUUUUAACAGAGAUAACUAGGUGUUCAUUUUAACAGAGAUAACUAGGUGUUCAUUUUAACAGAGAUAACUAGGUGCUCAUUUUAACAGAGAUAACUAGGUGCUCAUUUUAACAGAGAUAACUAGGUGUUCAUUUUAACAGAGAUAACUAGGUGUUCAUUUUAACAGAGAUAACUAGGUGUUCAUUUUAACAGAGAUAUCUAGAUGUUCAUUUUAACAGAGAUAACUAGGUGCUCAUUUUAACAGAGAUAACUAGGUGUUCAUUUUAACAGAGAUAACUAGGUGUUCAUUUUAACAGAGAUAACUAGGUGUUUAUUUUACUGACAUAAGGUAUUAUUUCAAUUCCCGUACUGAAUUUGGAUGAAAAUAAUAUUCAUUUUUAUUAUUUGGUGAUGAAUAUCUUAGAGGAAAUUCAUUCAUAGCCUGCGUCCAAAAUGGCACCCUAUUCCCUAUAUAGUGCACUACUAUUGACCAGGACUCUGUUUUAUCCCUAAUAGAAGGAUGGAGGGAAUUUAUCUGUAGAGAGUAGUGAUGAUGUACUCAGCCUCACCUCUGUAAUGCAGCGAUGAAUAUUCAGCCUUUGAAUGUGCAAAAACUGCCACUAACAAUGAACAACACAGAAAUGUUUUUGGUGGUUUGAGGGAGAUUGAAGCCCACAUACCUCCAUGGAAAAAUAAACACAUAGAUGUUUUGAAGGGUUAAAAUGAAAGGAGAGAAAGGGACAUCAACAACCAGUCUAUCUGAGGAUGCGUUAAGAGUGGAAAGGCUGUUGUGAGGAUUGAACCCACAACCAUUCAGGCUUAUUACCAUCCUGUAUGUGUUUGCUGUGAUGGAUGUUUACCACUCAACCACACAGACACUGCAGGGGGGGGGGGUGCCUCUGUACCUCUGUGAUUUUGUCGUGUUUCCCCCCUGUUUACAGACUCAGGUUUGUGAUAAGUACUGUUUUUAACAUCUCUGUGUCGUAAUGUUUCCCCGUCUCUCUCCUCAGGGCUGGAGACAGGACGGUACAGCUGUGUUUGAUAAUAUCUUUCUGACAUUGUUGUGCUUCUCUGUCUCAGGGUUGUAGAAAAAACAGUCAGUACAGCUUUCAGCUGAUUCAGUAUGUAGCCUUCUAGAAUGCUGUCGGUAUUAUUGUGUUUAACAGCUCUUAGACGUCGUCCUCGCCCCGUCUCAGAGCGGCAGAAAGGCAGUCAGUACAGCGAUGGUUAACAUCUCUGAGACCAGGGAUCAUCAACUAGAUUCAGCGGUCGGGCGAUUUUGCCUUGAGCGGAUGGUCGGGGGGCCGGUACAUAAUUACAAAUAAUUUGUAGAUGGCAAAUUGACCUCAAGAAGCCCAAACAGAUAUAACAUUUGACCAAAACAUAAUCAUUUCAAGCCUUGCUUACAUUUGUAUACAAUCACAUGUUUUUCUCUAUGAUGCGUGGGAAUACUUGGGAACAGAUUUCUUAAAUAAAAAUCACUUGGAGCUGACUUCCUGCUGUUUCUAGUCUAUUAUGGUUUUAUUUGCUCAGAAAACAUGGGGGGGGGCAAAUAAAACCACCCGUGGGCAAAAUAUGUCCUGCGGGUCGCCAGUUGGGGAAUAUGUCCCGCGGGUUGGGGAACCAUGUCUCGGAGCUGGAGAAAGGCAGUAUAGCUGUUUUUGUUGUGUUCAGCUGUGUUUAACAUCUCUUUGACAAUGUCCUCUCUCUCUUCUCAGGGCUAGAGAAAGGCAGUCAGUACAGUUUCCAGGUGGCAGCUAUGACAACAAACGGCACGGGCCCAGCCAGCGAGUGGUUCACCGCAGAGACGCCAGAGAAUGACCUUGAUGGUAAGACACAAACGCUUUAUUUACAAUUCAUUCCGUCGUCUUCUUGCUGCGUUUUCAAGUGGGCUUCAUAUUCCCCAUAGUGCACUACAUUAGCCCUGGGCAAAAGUAGUGCACUAUUUAAGAAAUAGGGUGCCAUUUGGGACGCGGAACCUCCCCUCCUCCUCCUCGUCCACUACCAUGCCUCCCUCUGUCUCUAUCCCCCCGAGACAGGGCUAGAAUCUUGUAUUCAGACACGUCCAUCUCUUUCCACGUUGUGUGUGUGAGUGAGGUGUUUAAAUAUUGAGACAGUGGUGUGACCAAGGUGUAUAAAGCAGAUUUUACAGAUUGAGCAUCAUGCAAAGCUGCUGUGCAGGCAUCCACUGUGUCCUCCGUCCCACUAUUCCUUAUGUAGUGCACUACUUCCGACCAAGGCCAAUAGGGCUCUGGUCCCCAAAAAAAAAUAGUGCACUAAAUAAGUAUUCGGGUGCCAUUUGGAUCUUAACCACUCACUGUGCCUGGUACAACUUAAAAGCAUUUUGUUUCAUAUUAAUUAUACAUAGCCUGACCAGAACAAGCUGUGGCAGCCAGGCAAUUAGGAAGGAGAUUUAAACAGGUAAUGCAUCUAGGAGAGCGGCGAGAUAAGGAAGGGAUCAAUCAGGCAGAUGCAUUUAGGAGAUGACAGGGGAACCUAAUGCAAUUCGAAUGGAUUAUCACUCAAUACACUGAUAUUAACCUCAGAACGUCUUCCUAGCAUCCCUUCCUAGAGGAUUACCCAAACUGUCAGAUCGCAUUAGAAGGCUUUGGUUUACAUGUUUAGCUAGAAGGAUCCACUGUUAGUGCUGUUUCUGAUUUGGAUUUGAUUUGACUUAAUUGAUUUGACCGUUUUAAAAAACACAAUUCAGCCACACAAGUCGAUAUACUGUGUGAAAAUAUCAUCAAGGGCAAAACAUUUUUUUGUAGGUCUCAGAUCGUAGAGCAUGGCCCUUGCAAUGCCAGGGUAGUGGGUUCGAUUCCCGGGACCACCCCCGUACAUAAAAUGUAUGCAUGCAUGACUGCAUAUAUUAUCAUUAUGACAUUUUAGGCCCAUUUCCAUGGUUAUUCUGUGUUAUCUGAAGCUUCCCAUUUGGGUGUACAUUUCUUUCCAGAGAGCCAAGUCCCGAACCAGCCCAGUUCCCUCCACGUCCGGCCCCUUCCCAACAGCAUCAUCAUGAGCUGGACCCCGCCCCUCAACCCCAACAUCCUGGUACGGGGCUACAUCAUUGGCUACGGAGUAGGAAGUCCCUACGCCGAGACGGUCAGGGUGGACAGCAAGCAGCGAUACUACUCCAUAGAAAACCUG